UCCUUCUCUCCUCCUCCUCUUUCUCCUUCCUUCUCUCCUCCUCUUCUUUCUCCUUCCUUCUCUCCUCCUCUUCUUUCUCCUUCCUUCUCUCCUCCUCUUCUUUCUCCUUCCUUCUCUCCUCCUCUUCUUUCUCCUUCCUUCUCUCCUCCUCUUCUUUCUCCUUCCUUCUCUCCUCCUCCUCUUUCUCCUUCCUUCUUUCCUCCUCUUCUUUCUCCUUACUUCUCUCCUCCUCCUCUCUCUCCUUACUUCUCUCCUCCUCUUCUUUCUCCUUCCUUCUCUCCUCCUCUUCUUUCUCCUUCCUUCUCUCCUACUCCUCUUUCUCCUUCCUUCUCUCCUCCUCUUCUUUCUCCUUCCUUCUCUCCUCCUCUUCUUUCUCCUUCCUUCUCUCCUCUCCUUCCUUCUCCUCCUCCUCUUUCUCCUUACUUCUCUCCUCCUCUUCUUUCUCCUUCCUUCUCUCCUCCUCCUCUUUCUCCUUCCUUCUCUCCUCCUCUUCUUUCUCCUUCCUUCUCUCCUCCUCUUCUUUCUCCUUCCUUCUCUCCUCCUCCUCUUUCUCCUUCCUUCUUUCCUCCUCUUCUUUCUCCUUACUUCUCUCCUCCUCCUCUCUCUCCUUCCUUCUCUCCUCCUCUUCUUUCUCCUUCCUUCUCUCCUCCUCUUCUUUCUCCUUCCUUCUCUCCUCCUCUUCUUUCUCCUUCCUUC